UUCUUGAGAAUGGAAUAGUAUUCCUUUACCACUCUGUCUUUAAUGUGGUUCAUACUUUUCUAGCAGGAAGCAGCAUCCUGUUCCCAACAAGUUUAGCGUGAGAUAUGUUAAUUCUUCAAUUUGUUCGUCUUUGUCUUAAUCUGAAGGCAUGAACUUCUUAAGGCAGUGUGUUCUGCUCAAGUUAGUCCAUAGUUGAAUGGCGAUCCCUGUCCUUCUUCAACUCUUCUUCAAUUCAUCUUUUGUGGCUCUAAUUCUUUUCUACUUUUCAUCUAAUCCAUUUCUUCAAGAAUUCACAAAGCUUCUGAUCCUCAGAGGGCGGGCAGUUCCAAUCCAACCUCAUCAUGAUCUCUCCAGUAAGAGUAACCUUUGCUAUGAUCGACUUCACGGAGCCAAGAAGUCACUUUUGAUUGAUCUCGAGUCUAACGUCUCCCCCCAAGGCUACAUCAACUACAUCUACAUCUUCUACUGUGCCCUUGGCGAGCAUCCACUCCUCGGUUAUGUUCUCCUAAUUCUAUGGCUUAUUGUUCUCUUCUACCUUCUCGCGGACACAUCGGCAAACUAUUUCUGCACAAACUUGGAAGGUUUAUCAGUGCUAUUGAAACUCCCUCCGACUAUUGCCGGAGUGACUCUUCUUUCUUUCGGAAACGGAGCUCCCGAUGCCUUUUCGAGCAUCGUCUCGUUCAUGUGCAGUGGCUCUGGCGUCCUAGGCCUCAACAGUGUUAUAGGGGGUGCUUUCUUUGUGUCCUGUGUGGUUGUUGGAAUCAUAAGCAUCUGUGUUGGGAACUCUUGUAGCACCACUAUCAACUGGUCGUGCUUCAUAAGAGACCUUGUGUUCUUCCUAUUUGUGCUCCUAGUGCUGCUGGUGAUUUUAGUUGUAGGAAAGAUCAACUUUUGGGUUGACACGGCUUUCACUUCCUUGUAUCUCAUCUACGUGUUUUUAGUAGCCGUGGAACACUUGUUCGGAAACAAUGAUUCAUCAGCAGACACAACAACUGAUCAGGAAGCUCCUCUCUUGGAAAUCAGAUCAAGCAGUGAAUCAGAUGCCACGAAGAGCAACAGUUUCUCCUUCCACAACGUAGUGCAGUGCUUGGAGCUGCCUCUGUCUCUGCCAAGAAGAUUGACCAUUCCUGAUAUAAGCGAGGAGAGCUGGUCCAGACCAAGAGCUGUAGCACAAGUGACACUGGCACCAGUCUUCUCAGCAACUCUACUCAAUUCCAAGAGGAAGAAUGCUGGGUCUAAAGAGAGCUUGAUAGUUUACAUCAUCGGUCCAGUCACUGGCCUUGUGCUGGGCGUUCUGGCUUUUGUAAAAACGAAGGACAGGCCCCCUUCCAGGUUUCAGCUUCCAUGGCUUGCUGGGGGUUUCCUGAUGAGCGUGAUUUGGACCUAUCUCAUCGCACAGGAGUUGGUCUCUCUCUUGGUCUCGCUAGGGACUGUGCUAGAGAUAAGCCCCUCCAUUUUGGGGAUUACAGUCCUGGCCUGGGGCAACUCAGUGACCGACCUGAUUGCAUGCAUGGCAGUGGCAGUCCGUGGCAGGGCGGGAGGGAUUCAAAUGGCCGUCACUGGCUGCUACGGCGGGCCUAUCUUCGACGUCUCGGUAGGCCUGGGGCUCUCCUUUGUUUUCUCUUCGUGGAGUGCGUACCCUUCAGCAGUGAACAUCUCAAGGGACCUUGCUCUGUUUCAGACGAUGGGGUUUAUGGUCGGAGGUCUCCUGUGGGCCUUGGUCAUGUUGCCAAGGAGAGGCAUGAGGUUUGACAGGGUCUUGGGGAUUGGCCUGCUGUCUAUCUACCUCUGUUCCUUGUCUCUUAGAAUUGUUCAGUACCUUAGAUCGCUUCAACAGAGGGGGACUUGUGAGUCUUGUUUGUAAAUUGUAAUCAGUAUGAAAUAUUUAUUACAAUCACAAUGAAGAACGCUAAAAAUUUGGCAAAGAACAUUCAAUUGGGGAACUUGUGAGUCUUGUUUGUAAUCAGUAUGAAAUAUUUAUUACAAUCACAAGGAAGAACGCUAAAAAUUUGGCAAAGAACAUUCAAUUGUUCUCUUGAGGGCAGGCUGGCACAAUCUUGGAAACGCAUCUGAUCCGGUUCAGUCGAAUCAGACGGGAAGAAAACCAACGAAUCCGAGCCGGUCUGGUCUAGAGAACCAGUUCGGACCGGGUGUGUCGAUAUCAGAGCGCUCUAUGUAUCGUAGCGUUGUCAACGGUUGCAUCGAAGAAAGCGGCGGCGGCGAAGAACCGUCGAGUCCAUGGCAGGAGACCUGACAGGGGGGAGACGAGAGGAGCAGCUCCGACGAUUCUACUCAGCCUCCUCCGGUUGGUCGGUUAUGAUUUGACAUGUUAGAUACUCGAGAAAUGCGGAUUUGCUCGAAUUAGAACGGAGAAUUUGUUAUCGUUUUUGAAGUGAUAGGGAAUCACCGUUGAUGUUCUAUCUUCUCUAGGGAAAUUGAUUUGUAGAUUCAACGCUUCGAUUUCGCAGACUUUGAAAUCUAUAUUUUCCCCUCGGAUGAGCAGUUCGAUCAGAUCGGAAUAACAACUCUUUGAGUUUUUUUUUUCUGAUAAUCCGUAUCCAAUUGUUCCAAAUCGACUAAGGAUCGAUCCCACAGCUCAUUGCCUCGGGGCCAACUCUUUGUUUUUCUUUAUUCUAUAUGGAUGGUAGCAUUGUCUUUGCGUAGGCUACAUAAUUAAUGCCUGCAAUCUCUCUCUAUUUCCAUGUCUUUCUUUUCCUCUGGGGAUAGUUUCUUGAGGUUUAUUGCGGGAGCUAGGGUAAAUUUCGGCGAUUUGCUGCUGGAACUGCGGCUGGAUAUGCUUUGCUUGUAAUUAAUAGUAAGUUGGAUGCUGGGGAUGCCCCGGCCUUGCUCAUUGAGGCUAAGAAGAAGGGGAAGAACCUGUGGUCUUGGGCCCUAAUGUUGUCCUUGUUAACUAUGGCAAAGACUGGAAGUUACAGACUGUUACUGCUGAAGGACAUGAGGUAAUUGGAGAGCAUCGGCGAUCAAAGUUAUUUCCUGACAUCAUGGUAUUUCAGCUGUCUUCAUAAAAUAAUUGCCAAUAUAAUUUUGAUCGAAGACGAGUAAAUCUCUCAAAACUAUUUGACCAAAGAGAUCAGGAAAAACUAUAUCCUGGCAGAUAAGGUACAAGUAGAAGGCAGUAGUACCUGAUAGCAUAUCAAUUACUUCUACAGAGCAAGCUACCUUUGAAAAAAAUGGAUGCUUUCCUCUUAGGUAAUUUUUACUGUAGGUGCGAGAGAAGUAAGUUUCAUCCUUCAACCUUGUCCGAUGAAACAGAGUCAGCUCCCAACUACCACAACAUUUCUCCUCCCUGUUUCUUUCUGAGCACCACCACAAUAAUUGCAUACUAGUCCUUUUAGCAUAGAAAAUGAAUUGGAAGCACUGAAAGGUUUUCCAAGAAGACUUGAAAGAGUUCAUUCGUGAUGUCUUGGUUUUAGAUGGAACCCAAAACAGAGGCAAGUUUCAUGCCUCGCCCAAGGCAGUUUGUUUAAUCAAGGUUAACCUUUUCCCGCAUGAAACAAAGUUAGGGUUCUAUAUUCUAUUUCCAUUAUGAACUCUAGGUGCUUUUCUCCACAAUAGAGCUUGCAGUAAUCCAACAUGAUGCGCUGUCAGCUCCAAAUUGGUAUCUCGUGGCAUUUCUAUAGUUUAUGAUCAGGAGGUUUAACGGUUGUAUUUCUUACGGUGUUGAAAUAUUUGAGAAAAAUGUUAAAGUGUGCAGUAGUGGUAUGAUUUAGUUUUUGAGUAUCAAAAAGCUAUUUUAUGAAUAUUUGUAAGCAUGUUAUGUUGAAGAAUUUGUUGUUUUUCUUUUAAAGUUUGACCUUCAAAGAGGUUUUCUUUUCCAAUGUUUGUAAUCAUGCUUGUUGAACAAUAUGUUGUUAUUUCUUCUAAACUUGGAGUAUUAAGUUAUUUUCUGAAUAUUUGUAAUCAUGCUACGUUGAACAAUAUAUAGCCGUGGACAAAUCAACUGGGGCAUUGCAUAUGAAAG